AUGGCAUCAACACCACAAGAAGACAGUGGAGUAGUUUAUGUUAAUGAGGCAGGAGCACUGCGAUGCAUCUCUGGAAGGGAUGGUAAUGCAUGCAGAUUACCACCUCCGAAACGACUAAAACAUAGCAAGGAAUGUACAAACUCGGACCAGUGCAAUGAAAAAUCAGUUGUCACUAGUCCAGAAAAACAUUUCAAUAAAGAAUGCCAGCAACCCAAGUCACUUCUGUGUUUUGCAAUGGAUUUUGUUAUUCACCACCUGACUCUAGUGGACUCCUUCAUCGGUUUUCCUUCUCAGAUAGGAAAACAACUCUUUGACUUGGCAGAGUUGCAUGACAAGUUCAAGGACACACACCUGCAGUGUAGAGCAAUGAAGUUGUUCUGUGAUGCAUACGAACAAGAGGUUUUGGAAAGUUUAAAUUUAAACAAUCAGUAUUUUGCUUUGAAUCAAUGCGUAGAUCAAUUGCUUCUGUUUAUUCAUGUAGCUAAACUGGAUUUAAGCAAUUGUGAGCUUGGAAGCGAUCAUGAUAUGGUGAUGAAUAUAUCAAACAUGCUCAUGGUAAGUACCAGCACUAUGGGAUCAUUUCUAAAGUUGUAUUGGAACUUUGAUCUGUAUUUGCUUGUCUGA